AUCGACCAGGAUGGGCUGACGCUGCCCGAACGGACACUCUACCUGGGGCAGGAUGAGGAGAGCGAGAAGAUCCUGGCUGCGUACCGAGUGUUCAUGGAGCGGCUGCUCACCCUCCUGGGGGCCGAGCACGUGGAGCAGAAGGCCCAAGAGAUCCUGCAGCUAGAGCAACACCUUGCCAAUAUCACGGUGUCCGAGUAUGAUGACGUGCGGAGGGACGUCAGCAGCAUGUACCACAAAGUAACCCUGGGUGAGCUGCAGCGCAUCACCCCCACGCUCAAGUGGAAGCGCUUGCUGGACCGCAUCUUCCAUGACAACUUCUCGGAGGAGGAGGAGGUGGUGCUGCUGGCCACUGACUACAUGCACAAGGUGUCUGACCUCAUCCGCGUGACGCCCAGCAGGAUCCUUCACAACUACAUGUUGUGGCGCAUCGUGGUGGUGCUGAGCGAGCACCUCUCCACCCCCUUCCGUGACGCCAUCCAUGAGCUCUCCAAGGAGAUGGAGGGCAACGAGAAGCAGCUCGAGCUGGGCAAGAUCUGCCUAAGCCAGGCCAAUAAGCACUUUGGCAUGGCCCUGGGCGCCCUCUUUGUCGAGGAGCACUUCUCCUCUGCCAGCAAGGCAAAGGUGCAGCAGCUGGUUGAGGACAUCAAAUAUAUCCUGGACCAGCGCCUGGAUGAGCUUGACUGGAUGGAUGAGGAGACCCGGAGAGCAGCCAGGGCCAAGCUCCGAUACAUGAUGGUAAUGAUCGGGUACCCUGAUUUCCGGCUGAAGCCGGAGGCCAUUGACAAGGAAUAUGAGUUCGAGGUGGAUGAGAAGACCUACUUCAAGAACAUACUCAACAGCAUCGCCUUCGGCAUCAGGCUCUCGGUGAAGAAGAUCCGGCAGGAGGUGGACAAGUCCGCGUGGCUGCUGCCUCCCCAGGCACUGAACGCCUACUACCUGCCCAACAAGAACCAGAUGGUGUUCCCUGCUGGCAUCCUGCAGCCCACCCUCUAUGACCCUGAGUUUCCGCAGUCUCUGAACUACGGUGGGAUUGGCACCAUCAUCGGGCACGGGGCGACCCGUGACUGGGGGGGACAGUACGACCGGCACGGGAACCUGGUGCACUGGUGGACGGAGCGGUCAUACAGCAAGUUCCUGAAGAAGGCGCAGUGUAUCGUUAACCUCUACGACAACUUCACUGUCUACAACCAGCGGGUGAAUGGCAAACACACGCUGGGGGAAAACAUUGCUGACAUGGGGGGGCUCAAACUCGCCUACUACGCUUACCAGAAGUGGGUGCGGGAGCACGGACCCGAGCACCCCCUGCACCACCUGAAAUACACCCAUGACCAGCUCUUCUUCAUUGCCUUUGCCCAGAACUGGUGCAUCAAGCGGCGAUCCCAGUCCAUCUACCUGCAGGUGCUGACGGACAAGCAUGCUCCAGAGCACUACAGGGUCCUGGGCAGCGUCUCGCAGUUCGAGGAGUUCGGACGGGUUUUCCACUGCCCCAAGAACUCACCCAUGAACCCAGUGCACAAGUGCUCAGUGUGGUGA